AUGGCCGAUAUCCAAGCACGGUCGAUGGAAAACCAGUUGUUACCUCCAAGCCCUUCCUCUACUCAGAUGCCCCACUCUCAUCAAUUGACACAGCUCCAGCGCUCCAGCUCAGGCGCAGGUGACCAGGAUGGUCUUUUCUCUAGUGCCAUGGAUGCAGGCUCAACGCUGACCCCUGACUGGAUUCAAUCGUCCAACGACUACAACAACCUGACCUCGCUCGGCUUCGACACCAUGUUCUCCUUUAACGGACAGGCUGACUCUUUCCCUAUUGAUCACACAGAGUUCGCUUCCAAUGAUUUCGGGUUUCCUCCAGGCAUGGCAGCGCCCGUUUCAACCAUCUUUGACACGACCUCCUCGAGCACCGUUAUAACGGGGCCCACUCUCGAUACCAGCUCAGCCCAAGGCAUCAUGGAUACAUCCUUUCAGAGCGGCAACAGCAACAACGGCCAGACCGCCAGCGCCCACGGGUCUCCUGACACCAACAGCCACGGCCAUAUCGCCAGUCUAGGUCUCGGCUCUAGCAUUAACAUGGAGCAUAAAGCCAGCAACAGCAACUCUCCCUCGCUCUUCUCCUCAUCGUCUACCAUGGAUGCGGCAGAAUUGAUCAACCUGAACAUGGCCCUCAAGCCUCAGUAUAUGAACCGGCUCAAGGCCUCAGCCUCUGCAACCCUUUCCAACACCCUGGCUCAACCAUUGCCAACGAUGCAGCAACAGGGACAGCAACAGCAACAGCCCCAACUGCAAUCGCAGCAGCAGCAACACCACCAACAGCAACAACAACAACAUCUACAUUUGCAACAGCAGCAACAUCAUCAACAGCAUAUGCAACAACAACUGCUGCAGCAGUCCAUGCCUCAACAUCCGUUUCAAGAUCAAGCGUUUGCUGCUCCCAUGGACCUGUCUCAACCUCUCCCAGUCUCGACUUCGUCUUCGUCACAGCAACACCCAACGUCGGUCUUCAGCAGACACUCCCCCACAUCUCAGUCACAGCCACAGUCGCAGCAGCAGACUCACCCAUUCAUGUUUGCCCAAGAUCAGACCUCGUCCUUUCAGCUUCCCUUCCACCCGCACCCACCCCAGCACAUGGAUGAAGACUCGCUGCAUCAGAACCACCCUUUUGGUCACUCGCGUCCACUAUCCAUGGGAGGCACCACACACCAGCAGCAGUUUGAGGACAUGCUGUUCCACCAACAACAGCAACAACAGCAGCAACAGCAGCAGCAGCAACAACCACAGAUGAGCUCAGACAUGAAGGGGCACUUCCGACACUCGUCUUCGCCCAACCUCUCUGACAUGAUCAAGCAGGAGAAACCUAUGCGGCAACGUGCCCACCUGCAGCAGCAGCAGAUGCAAUUACACCACCAACAAGAGUCGUUACAGCUCUCCCAGCAACAACAACAACUCCAACAGCAGCAGCAGCAGGGUAUCCACGCCUCCAGCAUUCACCCCUUUUCGACACACGCUAUGAACGCCAAAAACAACGCCAUGCCACCAGUUCGCACCAUCACCAAGCGACCCAGCGACCUCCAUGUCGACAUUUCAGGACGGUCGAGCUCAUUCCGUCUUAGCGGUGAUGUCAGGAAUGGCGACUUUCGGUUUGGAAACGAAGGGCGCGAGACAACAGACACGACCUCGGCGCCUCUUUCGCCGACGACGGCGAAUAUGACUGCACCUCUAACGCCCGCCUUUUUCUCUCCAGCCUUUGGAGAGGCAUUGGGCAGCCCAGGCUCGAUUCUGUACCAAAACAGCCCAUUCAUCUUGAGUUCGCACGAUCGGAGCCGGGCCUCGAUCCAGACGGAUACCUCAAUGGGUUCGUUCAUGGACAUGCAGGCCUCGAGCGCGUCGUCUCCGUCCUCGCUGGGUUCGCUCAGCGAGGUCGGCCACCGCAUGUUCAGGAACUCAACGGACUCGAUGCAGGCGCCCGUGGAAACAGUCACACCCAUGGACAUUGCUCGCGGCUUAGGUGAUAUGACCGGCAGCGACAUGACCUUCUUGGACAAGACCUCGACCAUCUCCAACCCAACAGCUAUCAAACACCGCGACUCGUUCUGUCACUCCCCAGACCAUAUCGACCCCCACAACGUCGAAGUCAAGCCGAGUUACUUUUCGACUUACCAGGACGAGCUCAAGAACGUCAAGAUGGAGAUGGUCGCCACCCCGGAUAUUGACCAUGAUCAUGACGGUAUCCGCAACGUCUUUAGGGAUGGAUCCAUCGGAGAUACGCCCAACACUCCUGGUGGAAGUGUUAAUGGAAGCCCUAGUGGAAGCGUCCCAUUUGCACCUAAGAUGGCGAGGAAGCGUCGUUCGAACGAGGCUGUCUCUUGCUCCCCUGCGGCCACUUCUUCGAACGCAAGCAGUCCUCCCCGUCCUGCUCGUAGUCGUACUAUUUCGACUACCUCAUCCAUGGUGGACGAUAAAGAUGAGCCUACCGAGUUCUCCAAGUCUGUUUGUUACGGCCCCGCUGCUUCUCUCAAGCCCAUCAUGCUCACUCGCGACCUCAAGCCGCCUUCCACCAAAGCCAUGAGGACAAUUAUCAAGCGGUUCUUGGCAGCCAAGACGCCUGGAUUGGGCGGCGAAAAGUCAGUGUUGAUCUUGACAUCCAAGGUGGCACAAAAGUCGUAUGGAACGGAGAAACGGUUCUUGUGCCCUCCCCCAACGACGAUGCUUCUGGGUAGCAACUGGUGGUCUGCACCCCUGUCGGAUGACACCCCUGUUCCUAUCCCUCCCAAGAUGGUGGUGUCGAUCUGCGGUGAGGCCGGAAGCCAACAAGGAGUGAUCGACUGGACGACUACCAAGGACGACACUGUUACGCCCAUUGUUACUGGCAAAUGUGUCUCGAAGCAGCUGUAUAUCAACGAUGCCGAUGAGAAGCGCAAGAGGGUCGAAGUGUUGGUGAAGUUUAUGAUGGCCGGCGAUCUGGAGCUGGGCACGUUUGCCAGCAAGCCCAUCAAGGUCAUUAGCAAGCCCAGCAAGAAGCGACAAAGCAUCAAGAACAUGGAACUGUCGACAAAGUAUUUGGGCGUCUCAACAACCACUCAGGCCUCCGCCCACGCACCCUGGAACUAUGGACACAACAACCUGAAGGAUUGGCCCAGUCUGGACAACAUGGGGGACUCAUCGCCCGUCAACACUGACGGAGGCACCUGCUUUGUCGCACGUACUGGCGGAUGGGACCCAUUUGUCGUCUGGAUUGUCUCGCCUGGCCAGACCAGAACCGAGACCUUGCAGGAGCACUCCCAGCGUCACCCAGGAUUCCCUCCUCCUCCCGCGAUUGCGAUCAACUCUCCGGCCGAGAAUUCGCCUCAGAUACCUAUUCACUAUAACCAGCCCAUUGUCCUGCAGUGCCUCUCAACCGGUCUGGUCAGCCCCGUGAUGGUCAUCCGCAAGGUCGACAAGGGAAGCAUGGUCCUCGGUGGUGGCUCUGCAGGUCAUUCCUCUGCCGAGUACGAUCAAGAGGCGAUUGGUGACCCCGUGUCGCAGUUGCACAAGGUCGCCUUCCAGAUCACCGGACAGGCUACUCCCGCCACCACCUUCUCGCAUGCCAAGCUCCAACAAGGAACUUACUUGGCAUGCUUGGGCGACGUGGUCGGUAUGCAGCGGGCCAACGAGGGCAAGCGGUACUUACCUGACCCCAAGUUGGUUCCCUCUCCUGCCAGCGAAAGUGCGAACCCGUUCUCGAUGGACAUUGUGCCCGAGGUCCCUGAGAGCAAUGUCCCAGAAGGGCUCAUGGAGGCUUGGUCGGCAGCAGAUGACCGCGCUAUGGGGAUGGGGCCCUGCCAGGCAGAAAAAUCGAUGGUCACUACGGCAGAUGGACACCGGAUUGAGCGCAAGAGACGUGUUUCGUCGUCGGUUGUGAUCAAGUCCACGGGUGCUACCACCAAGGCGGCUGUCAAGGCUCGGCGGCGUGUCAGCAGUAUGAGUGCUACACAGUCGGAAGCUCAACGGAUCCGGGCGAGCGCAUUGGUAGCCAACCAUCAGCAGCAGCAGACUGCCGUUCAUACCUAUGUCAACAUUCACUCUUCGUCAAACGGCGGUUCGGAUGCCAAGGAGAAGCCAGUUAAGGAGAGCAGCAAAGCCCAGGCUCUUCAACAGCAGCGUCGUUGCUCUUCUGUCUGGACAGAGGAUGUCACUGAUGCUGCUGUCUGGACCAUUGUUGGAACAGAUUGCGCGCAGUACAACUUUUGCACGCCUGGAGGAUCGGAUGCAAUGUCGUUGCCCCGUUCACCAGUGACACCGUCGCCCAAGGUCGUGGAGGUCUCUUUGAAUGGUCAAAACUAUGGAAACCGUGCAACCCCUGGUCCGAUUUCGGUCAACAGUGGCUCUGGUUCUGGCUCCGGAAGUAAGUCAUCCAGCAAGGGACACGGUGGCCAUGGACAGAACAAAGCACUCCGAGUCAUGGAGCCCAACUUGCAUGGCCAUGGACAACACGGCGGUCACCACGACCAUAACGGUCAACAUCAUCAUCACCAACGCAACGGCAGCAACGCUUCUGCAGGCGGUAGCGGUGGAUUGUUCAAUACGACACUGCCCAUGCGGUUGAUGACUUUGAAGGGCCAAGGAUUCAGCCCGGAUCUGUCGGUCUGGUUUGGUACGAUCAAGGCACCCGUGACGGAACUCCAAUCGGGCGAGAUCCUGGUGGCCCAUGUGCCUGAGGAGGUGUCAUUGGGAUCGUCGUUCUAUUUUACCAAGGACGACGAUGAGGAUGAUGCGGAGGAUGGUGAUGACGAUGAAUCUCGUUCUUCAAUGCUUGUAGGAGACGGUAGUGAUGGAUCUGGUAGCCCCACUGGCACAGCAACAACAACAGGCGAUCAGCAACAGGACCGGUUCCACAGGAAGCGUGUCAAAGGGCAGUUUGAAUCGGACCGUGUGCCGAUCCUGCUGGUUCGCAAGGAUGGCGUGGUCUACCGAUCAGGCCACAGUAUCACCCUUGGGUGA